GGUCUGACUGCUGUAGUCUGACAUUUAAAAGUUAAUUUUAUUGUUUAGAUUUUACGAAAACUUACGUACCAUUUUAUUUUAUAAUUGAAUUAGAAUUUGAUUUCUUUUGACAGGAAAAGUGAGAAUCAAUGAAUGGGAUGUGUGUAAAGUGCAGAGUGCUUGUAGUACCAUAAAUCCAAUUUACACUGAGCAAAGGAUAUUUCAGUACCUAGCUAAAGAGAAAAUGUCGUCUAUUCCGUCAGUAUCGAAAGAGAAAUCUUUUGACGAAUUCUACACUGAGGUCAAGGAGAUCGAGAAACGUGAUUCAGUUUUGACACCCAAGCAGCAGAUUGAAAGACUUCUCCGUCCAGGGUCAACUUACUUUAAUUUGAAUCCAUUUGAAGUUUUACAAGUGGAACCUGAUUCAACUCUCGAUGAAAUCAAGAAAAAGUAUAGGAGACUGUCCAUAUUGGUGCAUCCAGAUAAGAAUAUGGAUGAUUCAGAACGAGCUCAACAAGCUUUUGAAAUAGUGAAUCGUUCUUGGAAAACUUUGGAAAAUGAGGAUACAAGGAAGAAAUGCCUGGAUAUCUAUCAAGAAGCCAAAGAGAGGACAGAUCACAUGAUAGAACAAAAGAGGAAAAAGAACAAAAAAGAGGGCCGUCUAGGUGAAGGAAUACCUGAGGAUGAUCCAGUAAAGUACAAACAUGCAGUGUAUGUGAUGACCAUGAAGCUGUUUGCCGACAUGGAAAGAAAGAGGCAGCAUCUUGAAACACGUGACAUGGAGGAAAGGAAGCGAAAACGCGAAGCAGAAAUCGAACAAGAGGAACAGAUGUCCUUUGAAAAAGAAUGGGCAAAGAACUUUGAGGAAUCUCGACAAAACCGCGUGGACAGUUGGAAAACGUUCCAGUCCGGUGGCAAAGAGAAGAAGAAGAAGAAGAUAAUGGGCUUCAAGCCGCCGAAGCCGAAACCGGAGAGCAGAUAACUCUCACUCAUCUCACUUAGCUAUAGCGAAAUUAUUCAUAUCUACGAUAACUCUGUUUUACUUUGAAUUAAGAUACAUGCUUAUUUAGUAUGGGUGAUCCGAACGCGAAAAUUAAACCGAAUAAAAAAAAACAUAAAUUUGACCCUUUUUUUCAUUAUUAACUAAAAAUGACUGCGG